AAAGGCUCGUGUACCGACUGAAUCUUCCCAAUAAACCCAAGAAAGACCGGUGGCUAACAAAACCGGGAUUAGAAUUUGACUAAACCGAAUUUGGUACUACGCUGAGCUUCUCCUUUUAAGGGAGACUGAAACAGAGUGACAGACAGUGUGGAAGAGUCACUCACUCACUCACGCAUCAAAAAUGGCGGAAAAUGUUGGAAGCGACUCCAGCGAGCUCGGGAGCAUCACUUCUUCCCAGCAAUCUUACCUCAAAAACUGUCCUUUCGCCGGCCACGAAGCUUCUCCGACGAAUUCUGACAACACCGAGAUCCUCAGUAACAAGAUUUCGCCAGCGGUUGUUAAGACUCCGGUUCUCUCGUUCUCUUCACCGACCAGCCUCGAUUCCAUCAAAGAUGACGUCUUUCGUACUCCUCCUGAGAACGCAUCUCCUUCUUCUGCCGCUGAUUCGGAACCUGGAGUUAGGGUUUCUGAGAUGAAAUCUCAUAAAGGUUCGAAUUUUAAAUCUCCGUAUUCUAACGCCGAGACAACGCUUCUUUCUUCUCCACCGUCGGAAAAUUUUAGGUUUUCGCAGUCGAAUUCGAAGUCUCCGUCUUCUACGGCCGCGACGACCCCUGUUUCUGCUUCACCGUCGGGAAAAGUUAGAGCUUUGAAGAAGAAUUCGAAAUCUCCGUCUUCUAACGCCGCGACGACGCCUGGUUCUCAUUCACCGUCGGGAAAAGUUAGGGUUUUGGAGACGAAUUCGAAAUCUCCGUCUUCUACGGCCGUGACGACUCCUGUUUCUGCUUCACCGUCGGGAAAAGUAAGGGUUUUGGAGACGAAUUUGAAAUCACCGUCCUCUACGGCUGAGAUGACGCCUGUUUCUGCUCCACCGUCGGAAAAAGUUAGGGUUUUGGACACGAAUCGUCCUUUUGAUUUUAUGGCUAAUAGAGCUCUCAAGUCUCCUCCUCAGAGAGUUGUUAAUUUCGGUUCUGCAUCUGCAACUGAAGGGACCAAGGUCUCUGAAACGGAAGACUCUGGUGAAGUUAUACCUUUCAAAGAAAUCAUCGAAGCCCUUCUUCGUAACAGUGGAGAGAAGCUUGAUGAAAGAGAUGAAAACGUCAGCUGUGUUGACAUUCUCAAAAGUUUGGGUUUGAAAUUCCCCUAAAUGGUUACUGAUUUAGUAAGUCUUAUUUGCUUUUUGGCUCUCUCUCUCUGUUUUAGUCUGUUCUUGUUGGUUCUGUUUCGGGAUUACGCAUUCAGAUCUUUCCUUUUUGUUGUUGAUGAUAUGAAUGCGUCGGGAAAAAAGUUGGAGCUUUUCUGUACUGUUGCUUCAACUACAAGUAAAUAAUUAAGUAUUUUAUGUUUGGAAA